GGUGGCGCCGGGCACGUGGCAUCAGGCAGGCCACGCCUGGUUUUGAAGCGCGUUGCAGCCCACCACUCGACCAGCCUCCUCGUCCUCGACCCAGCAGUGCGCGGUGCGCCUGUAUCACGACAUCCAUCACGCCCACAUUGUACGAUCUCCUUCCCACCUAACUAAAGCCCCUUUUUGCCCCAGCAAUGUCGUUCAUCCCGCCCAAAGCUGUCCCUCUCGUGGCUCCUGGCCAUACGCGACCUGUCACCCACCUCUCCUUCUCGCCCCUGCAAGACGACAGCACGUAUGUGCUCAUCUCCAGCUGCAAGGACGGGAACCCGAUGCUGCGCGAGUGGACGGGAGACUGGAUCGGCACAUUCAUCGGACACAAGGGCGCGGUAUGGUGCAGCAAGCUGUCUCCGGACACCUCCCGCGCCGCUUCGGGAAGCGCAGAUUUCACGGCCAAGAUCUGGGACUCCUACUCCGGCGAGGCACUCCAUUCCUUCCCCCACAACCACAUCGUCCGCACGGUCGCAAUCUCGCCGAACACCUCCCAUCUGCUUACCGGCGGCCAAGAAAAGAAAGUGCGGAUGUUCGAUCUCGGCCGUCCUGAUGCGGAGCCAGAUAUCUUCACCGAAGGCGGUGCUGCCACAGCACACGAGGGCACGGUCAAGAGCGUUGUAUGGGUAGGUGAUCAUACCGGCGUAUCGGCUGGCGAGGACGGCCUUGUGAAGUGGUGGGAUCUGCGAACGCGGAAGCUCACGACCAGUCUCACGUUCCCGGCUCCGAUCACGUCCAUGGAGCUCUCACCACAAACGAACCGUCUGGUCGUCACGUCUGGAAAGACCGUGUCCUUCAUCCCGGCAUUGCUCAACGGAGGCCAGACUCACAGCCUUACGCUGCCGUACGCUCCAUCGUCUGCGUCGAUCCACCCCAUCCUUCAGGAUCGAUUCGUCACUGGCAGCAUUAGUGAUGAGUGGGUCCGAGUGCACGACUUGAGCGGAGAGGAGCGAGAUGUGCUCAAAGGUCACCAUGGUCCUGUGCACUGCAUCGAGUACAGUCCCGACGGGGAGAUGUUCGCGAGCGGAAGUGAGGAUGGUACAAUUCGACUCUGGCCAACGACUCCCGGGAAAAGCUAUGGUCUGUGGCAGGGCACCCAGGCCAAUGGCGGUCCAUAACCUAUCGUCAAGGGUAAUGUUGGUAAACUAGUGUACAUCGUCGUUGGCGUCGCUCUGGGGUCCCUGGUCGUGUGGCAAUAUGUAGGUCGUGUGGCGGUACCUGUCGUUCUACCAUCCACUCUAGCAUCAAUAAUGGUCUGUACUACGAUUGCUGUCGCACA